AUAAGCUACGCGACAGCUUGAUCGGUUUGCAUUGUUGUCGGAGCAAAGUCUGCGUCGUCUCGCGAGUGAGUUAUGCCACCGGCAAUGUCAUCGGGGAUCGCGAUACGGGAGAUUGGGUUCAUUUUGAUCCUACUCGUGUCAUUCGCGCAGGCGGUCGACUAUGAACUCCACAGACACGACACGAUAUCAGCGAACUGGAACGGCAACGUAAUUUUGACGAGCCGCGAUUAUCUCGAGCAACUGAAUUUUGUGACGCGGAAAGCGAGUUACACAUUACAAGAAGCCACGGAGCACUUGCUGCAUUUCGGUGCACUCCUGCGAGCUCGAAUUCUCGACACCUUCGGCAGCCUCCUGUACGACUAUUACGACGACUUCAAUAUAGCGGAAGUGGAGGCAUUGCGCAAGGUGUAUCGGAAGAUCCUCGAGCGACAGUACGACGUGUUCGACCUAGUCCCCGGUAUCCUGAGGAAACCGGAUACGAGACCGUCGAGGAUAUGCGCCGAGAUCUACGAUCGUGUCACGGAAUCCUGUCUGAGGAGUAGCGCGAGCGUGUGCCGCAGAAUCAGGAAGCAUCACGAUCUCCCGCAUCUCGACGAUCGCCACACGCCCGCGUUAAAUGCCACAUACCGCAUGUAUCGCCUGUCCAAGGUAUCGAAGCAGUACCCCAGAGGAUUCUCACUGGCGACGUUAUUGAGGCUCCUGCAGCGGCAAGUGCUGACAAUCACGCCCAAUCUGCUUUCCGGACUUUUCUACAACGUGAGAUACGAUAGCUACGACGACGACGUUCGUCUCGCCGAGAGGGAACUCAUACGACACUUUCGCGAAAUCUCGAUGACCAACGAAAUCUCGGUGCUUUCGACAGAGGAGCUGAGGAAUUUCCACACUAUGAAUUCCUUUCUUAAGUACUACGUCAGCACGUAUGCCGAGAAAUUUGCAGACGAUGAUCUGAAGAAGUACGCGCUUCUGAUUGCGAGGAGUAUCACCGACGACGUCGGCAUAAUCGAUGAGAAUAUUUAUUUGCUCGGCAACGUCUACGAGAACGGGAUGAUUCACGUCAAAUAUCUCUUCGAUCUCGUGCUGCCGGAUGAUGUACUCGAAAAAGACGUCGUCGAGGCUAAGAAGUACCUAGUGACGAAAUUAAAUAAAUUUAAGGUGGUGGAAAAAUAUCUCAGAGUGCAGAGGUAUCAGCAGGUCACUCCCGCUCAGCUGACGAUGGAGAUCACCAGACAGCUGAUAGACAUCGACUUCGCCAAGAGCAUCGCGACGUCUCUGCGGAUGCACGCGAGCUUCUGGCGCAGGAGCCGCAUGAUCGAGAGCCUCGAGGAGCUGCUGGAACUGUUCGACACCUACGAAAAUCUGCGACAAGUGCCGCGCUAUCGGCACAUGAUGCAGAAGAUCGACAAAAUCAAGGAGAAUUUACGAGAUAUGAAGAACGUCCGCAUUGAGAUUCUCUGCAACGCUCCGCGAGCUUGCUUGCGAAUGGGUUUGCAAUUGGUUUUAUAUUGUAAACUCAUAAGUUCCUCAAUCAAGGACUCCAUCAAAGACUUCCUUCAUAUGAGCGACGUGUGCGUGAAUCUCGUAUAUAUGAUAGAGGAAUCACAGAACUCCAUGAAGAUUCCGUUCAGUGUAUCGAAAAAUGUCAGUACGCUAUUUCAGACUACGGGCAUGGUCGAAGUUACGCCUACGCACAGUACAAUCGAAUUCGGCAAUCACAGCCUGAGUGAAUCCGAAGAGACUGCAGAGUCUGAAGUAUCGAACGAAACUAAAGAAGUUACAACGAGGACAUCCUCGGAAGAAAAUUCGGAAUUUACGAGCACGAUGGCAAUGACUACGCCGAGGACUACGAUCGAGCACAUGACGACAACUCGUCAAGAAGAGUCGACAACUGCGGCCACGAUGAGUAUCACAGCAGCUGAGACAACGACACCAUCGUCCACAACAAUUACGACGUUACCCACAACGACUACGACGUUGCCUACUACAGAAUUUUCUGCGACUACGUUGCCUGCGACAACUACAACAUUAUUUACGACUACAACAACGUUGUCAACUACAACUACAUCGCCUGCGACGACCACUACAAUUUUACCCACAACUACCACUGCAUCACCCACAACGACCACUACAAUUUUACCCACAACUACCACUGCAUCACCCACAACGACCACUACAAUUUUACCCACAACUACCACUGCAUCACCCACAACGACCACCACAACAUUGCCUACAACCACCAGUACAAUGUUGCCUACAACAUCUACCACAACGUCGUCUCCGGCUACUACGACAUCGCUCGUGUUGACGGCGGAGCAGCCGACCGUCGUCGUGAAAAUAGAACGUACGAAAGUGAGAAAAGUUCACGUACCGUACUCCAAAGACGAAGUUACAAAGCCCUCCACAGUAUCUAUUACAACACCUGCCGCGAGAUCCUGUGAGUCCAUUGAAUGCAUUAGUAAGCAUAGUUCGGAGGGAACUGGCGAAAGUGGUGAAACGACGACUCUCCUCUCGACAACGCCGAUUUCCAGUCUCGAAACUGCUCGAGCAACGUCUUCUAAGCCAACGAUCCAUCAAAACUUUGUCAGCGAGUCUACGGCUUCUUCGACGACGGAGAUGAGCGAAGCGCCGGUUACGAAAGGCGAUAAGGAGGACUGCAUAAAAUCCUGCUUAAAAGACUGCAAAGAAGGCGUCAAGAACGAGAGCGUCGAAGGGGAAGGAGGAUCGGAAAGGUCCUGCGAGAUAAGCUGCGACUCCGUGACGGAAGAUUGCAACGGGGCGGACAGUAAGCCCCCCAGUAAGGAUUCUUCGGAGGUGAGCUCUUCGGAAUGCGGAACGGACGUCGACAGGAGUUGCGAAUGCGCUACCAAGGAAGAGAGGAACGACGAGUGCGUGACGCUGUGCCCUUCGGCCGCUGCGGAAAGUUCGUCAUGCGGGAGUGACUGCGCGACGUCGACGGAGGUGUCGACGAUGCCGACGAUCGGCAUCACGUUCGAACGCAACCGAACACGCAUCAUGUGCGAGAUCCGCGAUCCCCAUCAUCACCGUCAGUUGAAACGAUUGGCGAAGAUGCGGGCGAUCAGCACUGCCGCUGCCACCGUCGUGACGUCGCGUCAUCAAGGCCGUAUUAUGAGUAAAAAGAUGUACAAUCUAGACACUAAAAUGCCUUAUUUCAAGAGCAGGACGCGAUACUCGCGCAAGAGACCAUCUCUCGACGGCAGGUUGAGCGGGACGAAUAAAAGUCAGAGACAACGGGAGCAGAUCAAGUCGAGGAAACAGUUGGCGAGAAAACUCAGCGGAAAAAUGAGCCGAAAGACAGCGGUGCAUCGUACGAGAGGAAGCACAUCGUUUCAAAUCAAGAGGAUAUCCGAGAAGGGCGCCAAAUCGAUUAGCGCGUAAAGUCUAAGACCGGAAAAUCGGAGUCUAUCGAUUUAAAAUUACGUCGUUUUAGCGGCCGAUAAUGUCAUUAUAGCUGUUAUUACGUUAUUACGGCCAUCAUUUCGUUGUGCUGCGUUUAACGUAUUUUCCGUCCACUUAAUCGGGUCAGAGGCGAAAAAUAUCGUGGAACGUAACGGGAGAAAGCUAAUUAUAUCGGAGACAAGAGCGUUUAUCGAAUUCGGCUAAACGAUUACUCGGUCCGGAGGUUUUAAUAGCCGUCUAUAUUUAAUCGGUGGACCGUCGCGCGAGACUCGUAUAUGUUAUAAAUUAUUUCUUCGAUGCUUUCUGAAAGGCCGCCGUUGACGUCGCAGCAUUGAUCAAUUAAAGUCACGUUAAUGAGGUCUUUUAUCAACGUUUCGUUCGACGAAUUUAUAUCUCAGGCGGCCGAGAUAUUUUUCGAACAUUUCAAAUUGUUAGAGAUUUUUUUUUCAAUAAAUUUUGUAAAAUCUUAAUAAUUGAUAAAACUAUAGAGAGAUAAAGCGUAUAUAUUAUUGAAAACAAUCGUAUUUUGAUAUUGUAUCGUGCUAAUUUUCUUCAGUCUAUUUAUAUAUAAGUCUGUUCACUAGAUUAAGGACAAUUGAUAAACAAAAAUUUAUGAGAAUCAAAAAUAGAAAUUAUGGGGAAUUCGAUUCCCCAUAAUGGGUACAGAUAGA